ACCACCAGUUCGGAUUCGGACCCGCUCGCAGCCGCCGCUUGCUUUCCAGUUUGCCAGAUGGCGAGAGCUUCAUUCGAUUCAUUCGAUUCAUUCGUGCGGUUCGGAACGGCCAGCGCCAGCGAGCGAGCAGCGUCGGUACUUUGUGGCUUUUAAUGCUUUUUAUGUUCAAUCCGAGAGGAGAGCGACGCAUAUUCCCCCGCUCUGCGCGUGUGUGCGUGGCGUGUGUGUUACCGUGUUUGUCCUUGGGGAACGAAACAGUUAUUAAGUGGAGUCGCCGUGCGGCUGAAAAUGCCGUCGGCUUUGCAGUGCAACAGGAAUAAAGAUAAAGACAGAAAACGCCUAAUCGCCCCGAGAAACUGAUGUCCACUUUGGCAAGCAGUCGCCCUCUGCCUCCACUCAAAUUCAGCAUACUGAAUCGCAUCCAGCCAGAGGAGGAGGAGCACGACCACGAUCACGAUCAGGAGGAGCAGCCGGAGGAGGCAAUGCAUCCGGACUGCCUGCCCCUGCCGCUGUCGCAGCACAUCAGCAGUCCGCAGGUCGAAGAGGAGGUCGAGGACGAGACGGAAACGGAAACGGACCUGGGACGCACGUCCAUUUGCAACGAGCGGCACCUCAACAUAGAGGACGAGGAUGAGGAGGAAUCAGCCGAUGCGGAUGUGGACGAGGACCUCGAUCUGGAGGACGCCGCCAGCUGUUGCAGCGAGAACAGCGUGCUGAGCGUUGGCCAGGAGCAGCACUCCCAGGCAGCGGCCCAGGCCCAGGCGCAGACCCACGUCCAUUUCCAGGCCCAGGCGCGACAACGGCUCCUCAUGAGCCCGCUCUACCGCCCGUCGGCCUUCAGCAGUGUACCCAGCGAUCCUCCCGCCGACCCAGUCGAUACCGCAACCGAUCCGGGCGGUGGUCUCCUGCCCCUGGGCGGGCCCCCCGCCGGCAGCUUCCAGGAGGAGUUCCUGCGCAAGUCGCAGCUCUACGCCGAGGAGCUGAUGAAGCAGCAGAUGCAUCUGAUGGCCGCUGCCCGUGUCAAUGCCCUGACGGCGGCGGCAGCGGGCAAACAGCUGCAGAUGGCCGCAGCAGCGGCGGCGGCAGCAGCAGCAGCGGCUGCUGUAUCGGCGCCCACGGGCCAGGAUGCACUGGCUCAGCUGACGGCGACGGCGCUGGGGAUUGCAGCGCCAGGAGCGGGGCACCAGCAGCAGCUGCUGAUGGCCCAGCGGGAGCGGGAGCAGGCGCACCACCAUCUACAACACCUCAACCACCACCUGCAGCACCACCACCACUACAACAACAACAACAACAACAACAACAAUGAGAAUCUGCACGAGCGGGCGCUCAAGUUCAGCAUCGACAACAUCCUGAAGGCGGACUUUGGCUCCCGCCUGGUGGGUGGCAAUGUGGGGAACCAUCACCCGAAGAUCGGAGCAGGCGGUGGCAGCAGCAACAGAACCCAAAACAGCAGCCACAAUAGCAACAGCCAUAGCCAUCCCCUCAAGGCGCCCAAGAAGUCGGGCAAGGUGCUCAAUCUGGCCCAGAGCCAGGCGCAGGCGGUCAACUCCAGCCUGAGCUUCUCCAGCUCUCUGGCCAACAUCUGCAGCAACAGCAACGACUCGAACAGCACCGCCACCAGCAGCAGCACAACGGCCACCACUCUGGCAGUGGAUCUGGUCAAGUCCCCGCCACCGGCGGGGGGAGGAGCAGCAGCCAAGGAGACAGCCAAAAAAUCUGGAGAGGACUCGGGUAAACCCAUCGUGUGGCCGGCGUGGGUCUUUUGUACUCGCUACAGCGAUCGCCCUAGCUCAGGUCGAAGUAAGUAAAGGAAGAAAGGACGA